AUGCCAGUGGGCUUGAUUGGGCCGAGAAUUAUCAGGCCUAGCCUGAUCCCAAAAGUCAACUGUACGGCCUCAUCUGGCCCUCCGUACUUUUCUAGAGAGACAAAGAGAGGGGGGUUCAAACCGGCCGGCCCAUAAUUGGUUCUCUCUCUCUCCCCCUCUUUUUUCGUGUAUGCAUUAAAGAAGAUGGCUAGGCUUAGUUUGUCCAAACAACAAUCAGAAAAUGAGGAAGGAGGCGUGAAUUUUUUGCCAAAAAGGGUAAAAAAGUUGCAGGGCAGCGGACCAAGCGAGGGGCACAGAAUGUAGAGAGAGAGAGAGAGGGUUCGAAAACUAUAUGUACUCUUCCUUCUUCCAGGACAGAAGCCACGAAGAUUUUAUAUACAGUAAGAGCCGAGGCGGAUUUGGCGAGACCCCUCGGACCCCCUAAAAAAAGAAUGGAUUUUUUUCCCCCCCUUUCCCCAGACCUCAGAACAAAAGACUCGUGCUGACGAGACCAGCGGGCCUCUCCCUGGCAGCACCAAACCCCUCGUCCUCAAAGUCCUCGUUGGUAGAGUUCUCCCUGCACACCAUCCUCUCCUCCGCCGCCGCAGGCCCCACCCCGAGCACCUCCCACCCCAUCGGGUGCCCCUCACCGGCGGCGGCGACGCCCUUCUCGAUCGACUCUAUCAGCGGCGCCAGGCUCUCCUCCAUGUUGUCCCCCAUCUCGUCCUGGAACAGCGGCGGCGGCGGCGAGAACUCGUCGAACCCGGCGGCGGCGGCAGCGCCAUGGUCUCCUCUCCUGGGCCGCUUCCACUUCUUCUUGGACGCGGUGGCGUCGUCUUCAAAGUCCUCCUCCUCCCUGUCCCUGUGGAGAUACACCCAGAGCUUCCUCUCGCCGUCGUACUGCACGCAGGGGUCCUGCUCGUAGUGCAGCCGGUCGAGGGCGCCGCUGA